CAGCUUAAUCAUCUAUUAUAUUAGUCUCCUUGCCACUGCUGGCGGUUUGCCCUCUUGCGUGUUUCAUCCACGUUACAUUCCUUCCACAACAACAGCCCCUGCAUCAUUUGCAACCGCACGCUGGCCUUCACAAUGUAUCCCCAGACACCCAUCGGAUACUCGGCGCCAAUGGUCUUCAGCCAUGGUGGCUCGAACCCCGGAGAUGGACUUGACGAGUACUAUGCCAGUAUGCAGCCUCAGUGGACCGCACUCGAUACUUCACCUUAUACCGGUGUUAGCAAUCCUUAUACUACCGCGGCAGCUUUCCCGACUGGUGCCAUCUUGACUCCGAUCAGCCUUCCGGAUAGCUCCUUCAGACCAAGCCCGGUGCUCAGUCAUCACUCACAAGAAUUUCACUACAACGUUCCCGAGUCUGUCCCACCACAAGGCCUAGGCAUCACCGCACCCUUCCCCAGCAGUUUCCCCCGUACCGUCACCGCAGGUCUGGGACAUACCUCAGAGGAACCGGACUUUGGCUUCAGCGAAGCUAUCCUGUCACCUCAACCGCCACCCGCGAAGAGGGUCCGACGUGGGCCCAAGCAGGCGGUCACACCCCGAGAAGCCCCGGUUACAAUACUACCUAAUCCUGAAGGGCUGCAGCGCAUGGAACAAGAGCGACGACAAGGGGCAGCCGACGCUCAAAACAGUCAAAGACCCCGGGCUCCGGGUCGGGGGAGGCGAGACCCGCAAGCUGAGGAGGAAGACGCAUUUGUAGAGAGGCUUCGGGAGCAAAAUCUAGCCUGGAAAGUGAUCCGGGAGAUGUUCCGGAACAAGUUCCACAAGGAUGCCUCGGAGGCGCGUCUACAAAUGCGCAUGUUGCGGCGACGGAAGGAGCGAUUGGCACGGUGGGAUGAGAAUGAUGUGAUCAUCCAGAUCCGACUGCUCAUAAGAGCGCGGGAGUAUUGGGAGCAUGAGAAAUACAAUGUGAUUGCACAGAAGAUGAAGGAGUUCGGAGCGGGACCGUACACCCCAGAGCAAUGUGAAGCCCAAUUGCGAUACCUCGAUGCACAGAACCGGGAGCGUAGCACUGGUCCGCGGACACGAAUACCUGAUCCUCAGCCAUCGCGAAAGCGAUCAUGGUCAAAGGUGGCCUCCAGUGUGGCCAGUGGUAGUACGAAGUAG